GACAGUUGUGAACAAUAAAUAUAUCCUAGGGGUUCGGUUCUAAAACGUACAUUCACUGCAUAGGUACCUAAGAGCACCCUAGAGAAUUGUCUCUUCUUGAACCCUUUCUAUUCAUUUUCUUAUACCGGUGGAUAUCUGUCUCAUCCACUUUACCGGAUGACUUGACUUGAUCUACAAAUAGCUCCGUCUCUCCACGUACAUACAGCAUAGAGUAAGUCCUACCUAUAAGCUAAGUUCGCAGAGGGCCCAACUUCAUUAUGUCAGAAACUCCAGGAGACCAGAAGCCCCGUCAUCAUCAUGGCUUCAGGAAUCAUAUGAAUAGAUCACGGCCAUCCCAUUACCAUAAAGGUUCUGGAUCAGAAUCUAGGCAGACGAAAGUCCGCAGCGACCCCUGGCAAUCGGUUAGUGCGUUACAACUAGGACUUCACCCACGUCCCUUCGAUGAACUACAUACAGAGCGUCUAUGUCUCCUCGGAAUGCUACAGCUGCAUAACAAACAAGCCCUCGAACUAUUCGAACAGGUGCCAAUCGCCGAAGAGAAUAUACAGAAGGCCGAUACCCCCUACAAGCUCAGACAAGCGAAGAAGAAUCGCGGCUGGUUAAGACACCGUAUCACUGACAUUGUCGAUAAGGAGAAGAAGGUGCUAGCGCGACUGAGCGAACUGCACGUUGAGAUACAGUGUCAGGAGAGAUGGGUCCAAGUUGAGAUGGAUAGGGUAGCAAGGGGACUUUCGCAGCAACACCACAACCCCAACUUUCAAGAUUUCCUUGCGCCGCCAAUAUCGCCAUGGCCCCAGGCGAACCCACCUCCGGUCUACAGCGCUUAUCAUUCACCAUAUGGGGGCAUUGUAUACCCAAGCGCACCGUCCUGGGACGCCUUUCCGAGCCAAGGGGCUUAUCCCGGAUAUUAUUGGGCGGAUCGAACUUACAUAUGUCCCUCGAACGUGCCGGAAAUCCAUCAUACGCCCGAGAGAUCUGAAAUGGACGGCGCCUUUACUAGUAAUGCAUUGGACGAUAUGUCUAGCAGCCAUCUAGAAGUUACUGCGAGAAGAAGCCCUGAGUUGGAACAGCCGCUGCCGAGUACUCCGCCUCCAAUAGGUGAAGACAGGUCCGAACACAAUCCAAAGCGGUGCAAUUCUGCAUGGUUUUAGGGUACUGGCACGCUUUCUGGAUGUAAUGUGAAGGACGGGACGGUAUGGAUUU